GGGACGCUCUGUGUGUGUGUGUUUGUGUGUGUGUGUGUGUGUGUGAGUGUGUGUGAGUGUGUGUGUGUGGGACACUUAUUCUGCCUUUGUGCACAGUGGCACAGGAGGACGUUUUCCAACCUGAAUCCAUCGCAGUGUUGUCUUCACCAUGAGCUCCUGGGUGCUGAACAAGAAAGGAGAGCCGCAGUACCGUCGGCACUUCCUGACAGACAAUAGGAUAUUUCACGUGGAGCGAUGCAUGAGUGUGAUGCAGUCUGGGACUCAGAUGGUAAAGUUGAAGACGGGAUCCAAAGGGCUGGUGAGGCUCUUCUACCUGGACGAGCAUCGCUCCUGCAUCCGCUGGAAGCCUUCACGCAAGAGCGAGAAGGCUAAGAUCACCAUUGAUUCAUUGUACAAGGUAACGGAGGGCGGACAGUCGGACAUCUUCCACCGGCAGACAGAGGGCAGCUUCGAUCCGGCCUGCUGUUUCACAGUGUACCAUGGAAAUCACAUGGAGUCUCUCGACCUGGUGACAUCCAGCACAGAUGAAGCUCGAACCUGGAUAACUGGCCUGAGCUACCUGAUGGCAGGGAUCAGUGAUGAAGAUUCGCUGGCAAAACGGCAGCGUACACACGAUCAGUGGAUGAAGCAGACGUUUGAGGAGGCUGAUAAGAAUGGAGACGGUCUAUUGAAUAUCGAUGAGAUUUAUCAACUGCUCCACAAGCUGAACGUCAAUCUGCCGCGCAGGAAGGUCAAGCAGAUGUUCCAGGAGGCAGACACAGAUGACCAGCAGGGGUCGCUGACAUAUGAGGAGUUUUCGGUCUUCUACAAGAUGAUGUCUCUCAGACGAGAUUUAUUCCUGCUGAUGAUGGCGUACAGUAACAGGAAGGACCAUCUGACUGUGGACGAGUUGGCCAACUUCGUACACAAUGAGCAGAAGAUGACCAACGUGACUCUGGACUUCUGUGCCGAGAUCAUCGACAAGUUUGAGGUCUCUGAUGAAAACAAACAAAAAGGCGUCAUGGGGAUUGAAGCUUUUACCAGUUUCAUGCGCAGUCCAACAUGCGACAUUUUCAACCCUUUACACCACCAGGUGAACCAGGACAUGGACCAGCCUCUCAGUAACUAUUUCAUCGCCUCAUCUCACAACACGUACCUGACCGGAGAUCAGCUGCUCUCCCACUCCAAGACCGACAUGUACGCCUGGGUGCUGCAGUCUGGCUGCCGCUGUGUCGAAGUGGAUUGUUGGGACGGCGCUGAUGGUGAGCCAAUGGUCCAACAUGGCUACACUCUGACCUCCAAGAUCCCAUUCAAGUCCGUCAUAGAGACCAUCAAUAAAUAUGCCUUCGUAAAUAAUCCGUACCCGGUAAUUCUGUCCAUAGAGAACCACUGUAACAUCCAGCAGCAGAAGAAGAUUUCUGAGUACCUCCAAGAAAUCUUUGGAGACAAACUGGAUUUGGGGGGCACAAUGAGCAGAGACUCCAAAACCUUACCCAGCCCCCAGAGCCUCCAGGGCAAGAUCCUCAUUAAAGGGAAACGUCUGCCUGCCUACCUGUCUGCAGAUGCUGAGGAAGGAGACGUCUCCGACGAUGACAGCGCUGAUGAAAUUGAGGAUGACUUUAAGCUCAAAAACAGUAAUAGCAACGGUAACCCUCAGGUGGAAUCUCAUAUCCGGAAGAAGCUGGACUCUCUACUGAAGGAGUCUCUGAUUGGAGACAAGGAAGACACAGACAGCUUCAGCAUCCGAGCACUCCUCCGAGCCACACACCAGGGCCUUCAGAAGAACCUGCGGCAGAGCUCCAAAAAUGUUCUGAAGAAAUCCCAAAGCAGGUCCUUCAUCGCGACGCUCAAACAGAAGAGACACUCCAAAUCACGGCUUUCGUGUCAAACUGGAGACAAGGAUGAGGACGACCAGGAGCGCACGGGGAGGGAAGCUGCAGGACAGUACAACAGGGUCGGAAGGAAGAGGAAGACGAUGAAACUGAGUCGGGAUCUGUCUAACCUGGUGGUGUUCACCAAUUCUGUGGCCUCACAGGAGUGUUUGAAUGAAGGGACUCCGGGUGAUGUUCUGUCUUUCAGUGAGACCAGGGCCCAGUCUCUGGUUCACCACAGAACAGAGCAGUUCCUGACCUUCAACCAGAGGCAGCUGUCCCGGAUUUAUCCGUCAGCCUAUCGCAUCGACUCCUCAAACUUCAACCCGCAGUUCUACUGGAAUGUGGGCUGUCAUUUGGUGGCUCUAAAUUAUCAGACAGAGGGCAGAAUGAUGCAGCUAAACAGAGCUAAGUUCAUGGUCAAUGGAAACAGCGGCUACGUCCUGAAACCCCCCGCCAUGUGUAAAGGCUCCUUCAACCCAUUCAGCGAUGACCCACUUCCAGCCUGCCCAAAGAAACAGCUCAUUCUGAAGAUCAUAAGUGGACAGCAGUUACCCAAACCACCAGAUUCUAUGCUCGGAGACAGAGGAGAGAUUAUUGAUCCGUUCGUGGAGGUGGAGAUCAUUGGCCUGCCCGUUGACUGCUGCAAGGAACAGACGAGAGUGGUUGAUGAUAAUGGUUUUAACCCGGUAUGGGAGGAGACUUUGUCCUUUACACUUCACAUGGCCGACCUGGCCUUGGUGCGUUUCCUCAUCUGGGAUCACGACCCCAUUGGACGAGAUUUUAUUGGUGAACGGACCGUGGCCUUCAGCAGCCUCAUGCCUGGAUACAGACACGUUUACCUGGAAGGGCUGACUGAGGCCUCCAUCUUUGUGCACGUGUCAGUGCACGAAGUCUACGGGAAAUGGAGCCCUCUAAUUCUAAACCCCAGCUUUACCAUAAUGAACUUUCUAGGAUCUAACAAGGGCCCUCAGCUACGAGGAAUCCGCAGCUUGUUUAGUCGUUCUUCCAAACCCUCUGUGGAUACAAACUCUUGUAUUGCCCCAAGAAAGCGCUCGAUCAGCGAACAGCUGCUGCGGCGCACAGUGAGCGCCCCAGCGAAGGGACGCAAGAAGACCAAGAUGGUGCUUUCAGAGUCAGUUGCCUUGAUAUCAGACCAAAAGAACGGCGCUGGAGCUGGAGGAGGAGAGGUUCCAGCAGGGAAGGAAGGGGGGAUGGAGAAGCGCCUGGUGCCCAGGCCUCCCCUCAUCCACAGACCCAUCUCCAUGCCUUUAGACAGGCUUCUUGAAGGGCAGCUGUCAUUGUGUUCCUCAGACAAGGAGAAGAAAGAUGUAGUUACAGACGCCGUCAUCGGAACCUGCCUCUUUGACCGGACACGGUCUUCCUCUGUGGAUCUCCUCAUCGAAUCAUCAACCUCUAUUCAUCAAAACCCAUGUUCACCUUCAACAUCAUAUGCCAAUACCAAUAAAGAACUCGAUCAGUCUGAGGAUGGCUCUUAUCUGGUUAUUGGUGGACGAGAAGUAAAAGAGGAAGAAAGCGGCACCAAUGAUCAUUCAGCAAAGAUUAGUUUCAGUUCCUCUUCAGAGAUUUGUCCGAAAAGAUCGGAUAAACCAGACACCUCAUCAAACAGCACAAUAGUCACAGCUGCACCUUCGGUAUCUUCAUCAUCAUCCCCUAUCCCGUCCUCAGUCGCUUUUCGCUUAGCUGUCAGCAUGAAGCAUGGUCUUCUGAAAAUUCCCGGCUCUUUGCACGACAGCGCCAUAUCCAGACAAAUCGAUGCUAUGUCUUUAGGCAAUGAGCAAGACACCUGCGGCUCCAUCUCCGCUUUGAUCAGUCAGUGUGACAGCAUUGCCAACCAUAACGAUUCUACAGUUUUAUCGAAACAUCAUAAUAUUCCUUUUCAUCGGUCAAACGUCAAGUCUCCCAUGCCAUGUAAAACACUGCAAGGGUUAACCAUUGACAAGAAACACCCCAACAGUCCCCAAAAAGACUUUCAAAAAAUAAAUCAUUUUGGAAGCCAGGGUAUCUGUUCACCACAGAUUAAUUCCCCAGGAGACCCACCAUGUCCACACUUGCUCUCUAGUCCAGAAACCACAGAGUUUGAGGAGGUGUACACAAUUCUUGAUGAGGAGGUGUUGAUGCCUAUGUCGGGAUGCAACCUGAAGGAGAACAUAGUUUAUUUUCAGGCUGACACUCCCAAGAAGACAUCUUCAAAUAGAUUGGGAUCCUGUGCAGCACAAGUAGCUGAAAAUUGGAGGAGCAAUAUAGGCUGGAAUGAGCUUCAGAGAAGUAAAGAUGGUAGAGAAGAUGCCAGGGAACCAGAGGAGAGUGUGUAUGAAGAGGUGUAUGAUCCCCCAGGCUCAAUAAUCAAACAAGAGCGGUGUAUUUCAACAGCUCCUUUUAGAAACAAUGAUUGUUUUAAGUUUUUCCACAACUCAGAGGUGGAGAUAAAUGUUGAUGAAGAUCCGCUAGAGGUGACGCAGACCUCAACGCAACAUGACAGCCCAUGGGUAUCGAUCACAAAGCCGCCCAAUCCCCAUGCUAUCUACCAAAACUAUGAGUCCAUUCCCACCUACUCCCCCCAAAAACACUUGCUGAGAUAUGAUCAUCCACAACAACGCGCACCAGAUACGUCAUCGUUACUGCAAUGUUCCUCUGCACUGAAUCAACCUCCCCAUCGGCCCUCCAAUGUACAAGUCACAUUCAAUGACAAGCGUUCUCCCUUUCACCGACCCAAGAGUUCUCUGCCAUCCAAUCCCAGUCCACUCCAUCAGACCACCGUCCCCAUUCCUGAGAGUAAUAAGGAGGCUUUCAGCAAGCAAGAAUUCAGCAAAUCCAACACACAGAGGAACCACAGUGGCAACCAGAUCAAAAACAGUUAUCAUCAAGACUUUCUUAAAAAUGAAGAAAUGAAAAAGGAGCAAUUAGGGUGUUUCAACAAUGGCUACUCCUCUUCUGAAAAUCUCCCUGGUCAGUCUAGGGUGUCUACAAAUAUCUGUAGGCAUAGAGGUCCAUAUUGCCCAACAUUUGAUGCAACAUACAGUGAACUGGACUAUGACCACAUCGACCCUCCAUCUGAGACACACAUUCAAAAUCACACACAGACAGAAACCUCAAAAAAGCCAAGAAACCUAAAAGAUUCCACUGUUAAAGGACACAAACCACAGCCAGAAACCAGACCUCCACUGGACACAAAUUUGCAUCCGCUUCCCCAAUCUACUCCCAUACAUACUCCAGCCCAAUGCAAGUCCAAGUCCCUGGGAGAUCUCACUUCUGAGGACAUAUCAUGCAACUUCCAAAGUAAGUACCACAUGAUUAGCCGCAGUUUCAUCACGCCCCGGAUGAGGAACCAGACUCUGACAGGUUCUAUGGGAGCAGUAACUAGCCAGUCAAAGUCCUGUGAUCCUCUUACAGAACAGCUACGUAAACUGGUCAGUAUGGAAGGGGAUGACAGUGACAGUGAUAGAGCCUCGGCUCUCCAUGUGUAUGAGGAAACAAUGCCCAUACGAUCACACUCAGAGGCAACCAACAUGCAUUCCAGGAAUACAGAGGAGUCACCUCCACUCCUCACCCGCCGCCUUUCCUCUCGGAGCCAAAGCCGCGUACGUCACAUCAACAACCGUGCUCGUGAAAGACAGCAAGAGGCGCUGAAGCCUCGCCCCAGUGUAGCGAUCAACACUUCAGCCAGCAUUAGUGGGGUAGUGUUGAGGAAUAAACCAACCUCACAGAUUCCACCAGUCAACAGGCAUUCCACUGGUUCUUACAUAGCGGGAUACCUGGAGGACCGGGGACUUCCUGAGGGAGCCUGUACAUCAUUACAUUAUGGAUACGGGGACCACUGCAAAGACCAAUACGACACUGACGAUUCUCUUCCAGCUGCAGACUCCUCCCACUCUAGAGAGCCCGAGGUUUACUUUCUGCUUAGACUUUAACCUGCAAUGUGAUUAAAGAUCAAGCUGAAAAAUGGCGUCUGUCCAGUGAAGUGGAGCAUCAUAAUGUAUGAAAUGCAUACUAUUCAAAGGCAAUUGAUCUUUCUAGUCUUUCAAUAUUUUGUCUACAUUCUGCUUAAUGUAUAACUGUACCAGGAACUUUGGUUCCUUGGAAACUGCUUCCGAUCUUGACUUUACAAAUACGUAUCUUCGUCCCUGUGAUGUAUUGUCCUAACUGCUUACACUGACCACACAGCAAAACAAAAAAGAUCUGGGUUGUUAGCAGAGAUAAAAUGUUUAUCUUUGUAUCAUCUGAAUGUUGUAGUAUAAUCAAAACUCCCACAUUUACAGAUGGGACUAAUCAAAGCCCGUGUGUAAGUCUUCCUUUUGUUUUAAGUUGUAUUUCUUUGUGAUGUGUGUGGAGAAUUCCACUCAGUGUUUGAACCUGUGAUGGGGUUUACUUUGGAACAAGCUGUAACUGUUCAUCUCCGUUUGUGCAUGUUACAUGUGAACAUAUAGAGCAUGACUGUGCACCAGUGUCAACAGUAGGUGUUGCAUCCCUCAAGUACCUUUGCACACAACUAUGAGUUUUAUUGAGUGGAACAGACUCACGUAUAUUUGGUGCAACACGUUUCUGUCCACUGACCUUUUG